AUGGGCGGCAGCAGCAGCACCUGCAAGGCUGGCUCCCUGAGGGGAGUCUCCGUCCCUGGCGGCAGCAGCGAUCAGAAAUCGCAGGCACAGGAGCAGUGGAACGAGGCGCUGGCCGGCAUCGCGAGGGGCGAGCUGCCGAACCUCGCGCUCGAGGGGCAGCACCUGCGGCCUCAGGCCAUAGCGGAGCUGAGCGAGGCACUCGUGGGCAACGAAAUCGUGAGGGCGGUCGAGCUGGGCAGCAACAAGCUCGGCGACGAGGGUGCUGGCUACCUCGGCAAGAUCCUGGCAAACAACAGCGCAGUCAGGUUCCUGGACCUAAGCAAGAACGGCAUCCGGGACGCGGGCGCCAAGGCGCUGGCGAGCGGCUUGGAGGGCAACAGCGCGCUGUACCACCUGGACCUCACCGGGAACAGGAUCGCGAGCUCCGGGGCGGAGGCCCUGGGGAGGAUGCUGGCCAGCAACUGCACCGUGCGGCAGCUGGCGCUCGAGGGGAACAAGGUGGGCCCCGAGGGCGUGAGGGCGAUGGGCCUGGCCAUCAGGGCGCACCCGUCGCUGAAGAUCCUGUCCGUCCGCCGCUGCGGCAUCGGGGCGGAGGGCGCCAGGCUCCUCGCGGAAGGCUUGGACCAUGCGAACUCCACCCUGACGGAGCUGUCCGCUGGAUUGAACUUCAUCCAGGACAGCGGCGCCAAAGCGUUUGCCAAGAUGGUCGAGGCGAACACCUCCCUGAGGGAGCUCUACAUCGACGAUAACUCCAUCAAGGAUCCUGGCGGACUCGCGAUGGCAGAGUCGCUGAUGCACAACACUGUCCUGCAGACGCUCUGGAUGGUGCGCAACGACCUGGCCUGCGAGACGGUGCGGAAGUUCGCCGACGCCAUCACCCAGAACAGCUCGCUGCGGCGCCUGGGCAUCCCCGGGGGGGGGGCGCCGGUUGGCUGCCUGACUCAUGCUGGACAGGUGCCCAGGCGCACGGACGGCUCCAGGGGCCCCUUUCACUGCAGGCUGCUCUCCGGCGGACGGGCCGGCAAGACCCAGCUGCCCCAGGACGUCAAGGACGCGAUGCAGGCGGCGCGCUACAAGAGACACAGCGACGAACGGAGCGGCUUAAGAAGCAAAGAACCGCUGCCGAAGUUGCCCACUCGCGAGAGCUACAAGGACAGGUCCGCGGGCCGCUUGUCCUGCGGCAAGAUGGCGCAGGGGCAGGCCGAGCCCGCCGAUGUGCUCGCGGCGCCGCCUGAGGUCGCAGACCCCGUGCUCAGCCAGGCGGGGGAGGGCCGCCACGUGCGGUCAGAGAGAGGCUGGCUCUGCACCUCGCGGGGCUGGCGGAAGCUGCCCAAGCUGCCGGAGAAGCCGGCGGCGCCCGAGAAGCCGGCGGCGCCCGACGAAGGAGCCGCAAGCUCCGGCGAGGACGGCGAGCCGGACGACGACCUGGACGACGCGGAGGAGUUCGCCGGGGGUGGCCUCGGGCGAAGGCCGCCGACCUCCCGGGCGCAGAAGGAGGGCGUCUCCAGAACCGAGAGCCCAGUGAGCGUGCGCAGCGGUGCCAGUGCCAUAUCUGGGCGCGACAUGCUGCACACGGUGCUGAUGAUCAAUACAGAUGGCCAGAUAUCCGUGCGAGCCGACGAGGACACCUUUAAGAACGUGCCGCUUAUGCUGCAUAUACUCUCGAUGUGA